AUGGCUGUUCAGAACGGAGCAGAUGAGCAUGAGCAUGGCCCUCAGCCUCAGCCUGAGGGCAAGCCUGAGGGCAAGCCGCUCCGCGUCGCCAUCGUGGGUGGUGGGCCGGCGGGACUCGGGGCUGCAAUUGCGUUGUCGAAACUGCGGGAUAUAGAGGUCCGCGUUUUCGAGCAGGCCAGCGAACUCCGCGAGAUCGGAGCGGGCAUUCGCAUCGGGUAUAAUUGCUGGAGAGUGCUGGAGCUGCUGGGCGCCGCGGACCGAGUCAAGGGUCAUCACAAGACGUCGAUUGUCCAUCGGAAUGGCCUCACCGGUGAAGUCGUCGCCAGCUCGGGGCCCACCCCAGUUCCAUUCCGAUACCAGGUCCGACGGGUGCGAAGGACUCGUCUCCAGCAGGCACUGGUCUCCCAGGUACCUGGCGGCAUCAUCAACCUCAACAAGCACGUUUUGUCGAUAGAGGAUCUGGGACAAUCUCAGCCUGGGGCGGGUGGUGUGCGUAUCGCGUUCCGUGACGGCACAGAGACCACGGCCGACUUGGUUGUCGGUGCAGAUGGCAUUCGGUCGGCAAUUCGGGACAGCAUCUUUCCAGACCACAAGAUCCAGUUCACAGGCACCAUCAUCUGGAGGGUCCUGAUCCCGACACGCACGAUUGCCCAUAUCCCCGACCUGAUCUCUUCGACUUCAUGGUGGCAUGGUCCUGAAGGACAUGUUUUCCACUCGCCCGUCGAUGACCCUGCCGAGGUGGCCGAGGAGGAAAGGUUGUCCGAGCUGUCGGCAAGGAACUUGGUCGAUCCUGCAACGGCCACGGGAAAGAAGUUCAGCUGGGGUGUUCCUGCAACAAAUGAGAGAGUAGAGUCGCACUUCAAGGACUAUGACCCCAGAAUCCGAGAAGCGCUGGGCCAGGUCCCAGAAGGCCAGUGGAAAGAAUUCUCGGCAUUUGCCGGUCCAAGAUUGGAGACGCUCACGGGCUGGGACAAGGUGGUGUUGCUAGGCGAUGCUAGCCAUCCUCUUUCAGGCGCCUUCGGAUCUGGGGCUGCGUUUGCUCUCGAAGACGGCUGGAUCCUCGCUCGGGCAAUCGAGCACGCUCGUUCUUCUGGACAGCCACUGGCCAAAGCCCUCGAGAUAUUCGAUGCCAUCAGGUCCCCAUAUUAUCGGAGAAUGUAUGAGCACCUCGACAGCCAGAAACAAAAACUGCAAGAUCAACAGGCAAAAGCCGCCGACUCUCUUGUCGGCACUGCCACCUUUACUUCGACUUUGCAGCAGAGAGUGGCUGCAUUUGGUGGUGAGGAAGGACUGCCCUGGAUAUACUACAACGACAUCGAAGACGUGUGGAAGCAAUUCUUGAAAGGUCAGUCGGGGGCGUCGUUGUAG